AUGACGUUUGCAGCCUUGGUCCGUAACAAGCAGGCGCAGAGCAUCGUGAUUUCCGGUGAGUCGGGCGCCGGCAAAACGGAGGCGACGAAGAUUCUGCUGCGGUACUUCAGCGAACUAGACCACGGCCGAGACGGUCCCGGUCCAGGACCGGGUCCGGGUCCAGGCUGCAUUGAGACAUAUAUCCUCAACUCCAACCCGAUACUGGAGUCGUUCGGUAACGCCAAGACCCUGCGCAAUGACAAUAGCUCGCGAUUCGGCCGCUUCAUACAACUCUUCUUCGACGUUGAGAACCAACGCCGCAUCAAGUACGCUCGCAUCAGCCACUACCUGCUCGAGAAGUGUAGACUCGUCUCGCUCUACGAAAAGGAACGAAACUUUCACAUCUUCUACCAACUCGUCUUCGGUGGUGUUAAUCAUGCACACUUCAAACAAAAACUCGAGCACUGGGGCCUCCACGAACCCCGCAAGUUCAAAGCCAUCCUCGGCGACGAACGUCUCUACGACCUAGUUGAAGGAAUGCACAGCCCGCAAACCGCUCAGUCUCACAACUCUGGCGCACGCCUUUUCAGCUCCCAGGCCGCCGACGACGCCGCUUCACUCCUCCAGCCCUGGCAGUCCGGCAGCAUGUGGUCCAACUCCUCGCAGGACUGGACCGAAGCUAACGAGUGGCUUGAAAGCUGGGGCAUCAUGUUCGACGAACUCCUUGAAUCAAUGGCCGGCAUCGGCUUCACCGAAUUCGACGUCGACGAAAUUUUCGGCGUCGUCGCCGGCAUCAUGCAUCUCAGCCGCGUACGCUUCACCUCCGUCGACAUUCCGCCACAAGCCACCUACAUCGACGGCAUGCCGCUCACCAAAAUCGAGGAUUACGAGCCCCUCGAAUUCGCCUGCAGACUUCUGCAGCUCAAAAACAUACCCUCCAUCAUUCCCGCAGAUAUCAAUGAUCCCGUGGCAGCCACCGCUGACGUAUUGCUCUUCAAGUCCAUCCGAAACAACCAGGGACAAGGCUACUGGAUUAGGACCCCGCGGGAUCCUGUACACGCUGCACACACCAGAGACUCCAUCGUGAAGGAGAUCUACUCCAGACUGUUUGACUGGAUCAUAAAGAAAAUUAAUCUGCGACUCACGGCGACGCCGGUGGCGAGCGUCGGUCAGACUCGUGAGGCGCACAACCGCGAAGUGCUGGCGCACGGUGCGACGCACGGGCUUCGUGAGUCGCACAGUGUGUACCGUCAGCAGCGCAAGUCUAGUGCUAUAACGACGAUCCGCAACUCGACUCCGCCGAUUGGGUUGUUGGACAUUUACGGCUUCGAGGUGUUUGACGGGCGGAAUUCGUUCGAGCAGUUGUGCAUCAACUUUGCGAACGAGAAGUUGCAGCAGCACUUCAACCAGCACGUGUUGGCGUUGGAGCAGGCGACGUACAGGAAGGAGGCGAUUGACUGGUCGGACAUUUUGUUUACGGACAACCGCGAGAUCAUUCGUGCGUUGGAGGAGCCGCCGCACGGCGUGUUUGUGAUCCUGGACGACACGCGGAUUACGGACCAGCGCGUGGAGCAGCCGGGGCGUGGGGGGAUGGAGCGUGCGUCUUCGAGUGGAGGCGAGUUCCGUGGCGGCGGGAACUACCACCACCACGACAUGAUGUUUUUGCGUGAGAUUGACCGCCGCGGUCUGAAGCCAGUGGUGGCGCUGCCGGAUCGGAAGCAGUUCCGCGACACGAUUUUCACAGUGAAGCAUUACGCGGGUGUGGUGGACUACUGCUGUCUGGGUUUUGUGGAGAAGAAUGUGGACAAGUUGGAGGCGCAGAGUUGCUACUUUUUGUCCAAAGCCAGCCGGCACGCGUUGGUGCGGGAGCUCUUUCCCCACGACCAGGCUGAAGAUAUGGCUGUGAAACGAAACUCGCUCAAGGCGACGCUGGGCGUAGAGUUCCGCAACCAAUUGGACAGGCUGUUGAAGUCCCUAACCUCGACCACGCCAACAUAUAUUCGGUGCAUCAAACCCAAUGGAUUGAAGCAGGCGGGACUUUUCAACUCGCAUGACGUGCUGCGUCAACUGGAGUACGCCGGGUUGUUGGAGAGCAUCCGGAUCCGUAAUAGCGGUUUCGGCGUGCGUUGCACGUUCCAGGAGUUCCUGGACGACUAUCUUAUUACGCUUCCGCACGAAUACCAGUUGUGGCUGAAGACGGGGAAACACAACCAGGAGAAGGCGAAGGAGUUGUGCACGAAGCUGCUCACGCUCGCCGCCGGGCAGAAGAGCGCUGCACGCUCGGACGCCGAGGACAGCCGGCGGCACUGGCAAAUAGGGCGCACCAAAAUCUUCAUGCGCGAAGAAGUGCAGGUCUACCUCGAACAGGCGCGCUCCGCGAAGCGUCUGCAAAGCGCGAUCAAAAUUCAAGCACACGUGCGCGCCUUCCGCCAACGCGAGCGCUGGCGACGACUCC